UCGAGUAGUUCAGUUGCCGAUUCCAAUAAUAAAGGAAGAGAUUGGAUUCCUUCUCGUUUUCAUUUCCUUUUCUCUCCUUCUAGAGAUUAAUCGAGUCCUCGAAUUAACACCCAUUGCUUCGAAAUGAGCACGGGCGACUUUCUCAACGUCGACCCUGUAGAGCUCAAGUUUCCCUUUGAGCUGAAGAAACAGAUCUCAUGUUCUCUUCAAUUGUCGAAUAAAACCGAUUAUCAUGUUGCUUUCAAGGUGAAAACAACCAAUCCGAAGAAGUAUUGUGUUCGUCCCAACACGGGGAUCGUUUUACCAAAUUCUACAUGCGAGGUUAUAGUUACCAUGCAAGCGCAAAAGGAGUUCCCUGCUGAUAUGCAAUGCAAGGACAAAUUCCUCCUUCAAGGUGUAAAAGCCCCUGAUGGUGCAAUCCCAAAGGAUAUAACUGCAGAAAUGUUCAAUAGAGAAGCUGGCAAUGUGGUUGAAGAAUGCAAGUUGAGAGUGGUUUAUGUUUUUUCAUCUCAACAUACACCUGCACGUGAUGGAUCUGAAGUAGGGUCUUCAAUGAGAGGCUCUGUUUCGGACAAUGGCCAGGCAAACACUGCUGAGUUUGUUAAUGCUGCAAGAACAUUUACAGAUGAUGUUCAAGAUAAAUCUCCUGAGGCAAAAGCUCUUAUAACAAAGCUGACUGAAGAAAAAAAUAAAGCAAUUCAACAAAAUAACAAGCUUCGCCAAGAGCUGGAACUGCUGAAGCUCGAAACCAGCAGAAGUGGUGGCGGUCUGUCGUUCAUGAUCGUUAUGUUGAUCGGCUUGAUUGGAUUAAUUACGGGAUAUAUCAUGAAGAGAUCGUAAACAUCGACCGAUCUAGUUCGGCUCAUCUGCAUAUUCUUCCUCUACUUUCCUUCCCUUGGUUAGCUUUAAGGUCUCAUGGUGAGUAUGCAGUGCACUCCCAUUAAUGUGUUGCAUUCUUUCUGUAAACAUCAUUUUUU